ACCAUAAUAACACUUCUAAUCCUGUCUUCCAACUUCGAAACUCGACCAAGCCAAAACCCUCUUCCUCCGCCAUGGGACAUGAUUUAAGCAAACUAAGAAGAACCAGUCACCGCCGUCAAACCCAAACCCGGAUUCCUUCUCUUGUUCCAUCAUCAUCAUCUUCGUCUUCUUCUUCUCCAUCAACAGCAGCAGCCGCAGCCAUAGACACUAACAAUAAUUCAACUACUAACAAUACCAACUUCAAUGCUGGUUCUACUCAAACCAUCCCAACUCCUUCUUCUCCUUCUUCUGCUGCUGCUGCUUUGUCAAGCCAACCGCAUGCAAGUAGUUAUGUUUUUGCAGCCAAUGCACCGCACCCUUCUCCCUCAUCCAGUUCACCAAACCAUUACCACCCUCCUCCUCCUCCUCCUCCUCCUUCUUCUUCUUCUUCACUGAUGGCUCCGCCAUUCUUUUCGUUGGCCCCACCUCCUUAUGUUGAUCACGAAAGUGCCAAGAAGAUCAAGAACGAUGUCAAUAUUCACAAGGACAGUAUAAGACUUUUCCUUGAUGACAACAGCCUGGAUUCUUACUUGGUUUCUUUCACUUUCGAUGCUCUUGUUGAUGGCAGUAUCACCAUAUUUUACUUUGCCAAGGAAGGGCCCAACUGCAUCUUCAUGCCACUGUAUCCUGAAAUAUAUAUGCCUAAGACAAUUCCAUUCCAGAAAGGCUUGGCUCAGAAAUUCUGUCAACCCUCAGGAACUGGAAUUGACCUUGGUUUCUUUGAAUUGGGUCUUCUUUCAAAGCCCUCAAGGAAAGAAGACAUUUUCCCACUCGUUAUCUCUGCACAGGCAAGUUUGCCAUCUUUCUCAGCAGGUGCAGGGCUGGAUCAGCCUCCACCAAUCGUGUCUCCACAUGCUCAAAUCACUCAAGCUGUCCUGAAGAAAAAUAAUGAGGCCCAUUUUCAGGUGAAAGUAAUCAGGCAAAUACUGUGGAUAGAGGGGAUUCGAUACGAGCUCCGUGAGAUCUAUGGAAUUGAGAAUUCUAGUGAACAAGGUUUUGAUGAUAGUGAGUCAGGAAAAGCAUGCGUGAUUUGCAUGACUGAGCCAAAAGAUACCGCUGUUUUGCCUUGUCGACAUAUGUGUAUGUGCAGUGGAUGUGCUAAACAAUUGAGGCUUCGAUCAAAGAGGUGUCCCGUCUGUCGCCAACCCAUCCAAGAACUAAUAGAGAUAAAGAUUAGAGUAAGAAAAAGCAAAACAAAAUCUAUAUGUUCCUGAAGAAAUCCAGAAGGAUUUGCCUUUAGCAUUUGCAUUGCCUUACAAGCUCUAGAUUUCGUAUUGCAGAAUCAACCUAAGCCAGCAGCAGUUUAGAAGGAUACCAGAAAAAAAAAAUGCAGAGGACUCAUUGGAGGGAGACCUUGUUUCAUACAGCUUUUGAAGUACAUAUAAUCUUCAUGAGCAUCUUCAGUUCCUUCUGAAUCAUUAAAGAGAUUCUCACUGGUGAAGAUUAAGGUUUUCCAAAGAAUUCAACACUUUGCCUUUGUUUAUACUUGAAAUUUUGGUAUAGUUUCCCAUUGCUGGUACAGUUUACAUACAAAGGCAAUGCAAAGAAAACCAUGGAUUUUUCUUUUGCUUGGAAAUGUUUCUGAUAAAUUCAUCAUACUGUUGUAGAAAGAAAACAAGCCUACUGAGUUAAAGCUGUACCCUUGUUUCUUUCG